CAACCAAGCAACCACCACUCAUCCAAACCCAUAUCCACUUUUGACACUCUCUCUCCCCCUCUCUCCCCAAAAAUGGAAGCAAUAUCACCUGCCUAUGUCUCUGUAACUCGUCCUCUCUGUGUUCUUAAUUCGAAGCGUUUUAGGGUUUGUUUCCAAAAAAAAGACUCUCCAGAUCGGGCUUUAGCGCGGAAGAUAGUUUGGCACUGGAAGCGGGAAGGAGGUGUCGUUCACCGUGAGAGUCACAUAAAUUGUGUUUCUUUAAUACAAACCUUAAGCAGAAAAAAAUUACCCCGUGUUGCCCAGGAGCUAUUACUUGAAAUGAAAUCUGAGGGUUUCGAACUUGACGACUCUACCUUGUCAGCUAUGAUGUUAUGCUACGCAGAUAAUGGUUUUUUUCCCGAAGAACAGUCCAUUUGGGAUGAAAUCUUAAACCGUUCAGUGCCUAAUAUUCAAAUAGUUUCAGAACUAAUUGAUGCCUAUGGUAGGACAGGACAAUUUGAUAAAGUGACUAGAAUUCUGCAUCAAAUAAGUUCGAGGAAUUUCAACAUUUUACCUAAGAUUUAUGCGUUGACUAUCUCUUGCUUUGGCAAAGGAGGUCGGCUUGAGAUGAUGGAAAAUACAUUGAAGGAGAUGGUUUCAAGGGGUUUCUCAAUUGAUUCUGCUACCGGGAAUUCUUUAAUCAUAUAUUAUAGCAUUUUUGGUUCUCUUACUGAAAUGGAGGCUGCUUAUUGCAGUCUGAAGAGUUCUAGGAUUCUCAUAGAGAGAGAAGGAAUUAGGGCGAUGUCAUUUGCAUAUAUGAAAGAAAGGAAAUUUUAUGUCUUAGGUGAGUUCCUGAGGGAUGUGGGUCUUGGUAGGAGAAAUGUGGGAAAUCUUCUGUGGAACCUUCUGCUUCUAUCCUAUGCUGCCAAUUUCAAAAUGAAAAGCUUGCAAAGAGAAUUCCUGAGAAUGAUCGAAGCUGGAUUCUAUCCUGAUCUUACAACAUUUAACAUCAGAUCUCUGGCUUUUUCAAGGAUGUCUUUGUUCUGGGAUCUCCAUGUAAGCCUUGAACAUAUGAAACAUGAAGGCGUUGUUCCUGACCUUGUGACUUAUGGUUGUGUUGUUGAUGCGUACUUAGACAAAAGACUAGGAAGGAACUUGGAUUUUGCUUUGAGCAAAAUGAAUAUGAAUGAUUUUCCAAUAGUAUCAACAGAUCCAUUUGUGUUUGAGGCUUUGGGAAAAGGAGAUUUCCACUCAAGCUCAGAGGCAUUUAUGGAGUUUCGGAGGCAAAAGAAUUGGACUUAUAAGAAGCUGAUUGCAACCUAUCUCAAGAAAAAAUUCCGAAGUAACCAAAUAUUUUGGAACUACUGAUCACUGGCUGUUAGCUUCAAUGGUAUCCCCAAAGGGUGAGGUACAGAAUACUUAAAGUCCUGGUUGGGAUGCGGAUGCUUGCCUUUACCAAAAAAGAAUUGGAGUUACUGACAGGUAGCAUGCUGGUUAAGAUUCAUGAACCAAUAGACCGUAACAAGUUGUUUGGGAAAUAUGCUCACUGGUUUUUUAAUUCGCUACAUGUCAUGUUGGUUGUUGUAAUAACCUAAACUUCAUGGAGUUGAACAGAACCCUUCAUUCGUCUACAUGGAAGAGAGGAGCCUAGAGGUUACGAUAUAUGCAUUGGAACAACACACCAUUGGUAAUGAUUAUGUGCUUGAGCGGCUCGGUGAACUUCCAUAUCCAGAAUGUUGAAGCUGAGGGUCACUUAAAAUGUCCUGCAAAAUAUGGUGCAGCAACUUGUAACGUCUUCAUAGAUUGAUUGAAACUUGAAAUCUUCUCAAUUGAACACAUUAAAACAGUUACACUGACAAAAAAAAAAUUCAAGAACCAAUGUCCC